AUGUGGAAUCCGUUGAUCACUAUCGUGACCCAUCUCGGUGGUUCUCUUGCAGCGUCGUUGAAUUUGUUAAAUUUCCGUCCAUGGCCGCCGUUUCCAUUUGGCUCUUGGGUGGUUCCGUCGUUUGGAACCGUUCCGUUACCCGUGAUGCCGUUGACCGUCCGUUACGUUCGUCCAGUUGCCUUGCGUGCUGUGUCAGACCUUAGCCCCAUUAAGGCUGCUGGAAGCAGUAACCGAUCCAAAGGUUGUGAUAAGCUGAAUCUUGGAUGGAGCAAAAGCAUGCUCCAUGUUCCCCUGUUCUUCUCAUCUGAGCACAUCAUGCCUUCCUUUUCCACACUCCGGCGAUUCCCUCUGUUCAUCCAACGCUUCCGUACCUUAAAUUAUUCCUCUUCUCCCAACCCACAUCAAAAUCCCAAGUGGGUUUCAGGUUCAGCCAUUGUUGCAGGAGUAGCCUCUGCUCUUGCCCUCUUCUACUGCUACACCUCACCCAAUUCACCCUUCGAUUGCGUCUUCUUAAACAAUUCCUCUCGCAGUACUUCAUCUCCAUUGUCUGGACAAUCAUCUCUUCCUGAAACUGCUCGUGGUUUGCUUGUUGGAGAACAGUACAGAACCAAGGUAUUCUUCAACUAUGAGAAGCGCCUACGGUUGCAUAGUCCACCCGAAAAGGUUUUUGAGUACUUUGCAUCUUGUCGUACUCCAGAAGGAGAGAUACUCAUGAAGCCAGUGGACCUAAUGCGAGCAGUUGUUCCUGUUUUCCCUCCAUCAGAAUCCAACCUAGUAAGAGAGGGAUACUUGAAAGGUGAAAGAUGUCCUGGCCAUUUGUACUGUCCCCCUUCGGAAAUUUUUAUGCUUUUUGAUGUAGACAACGAUGAACUUAUAUCUUUCAAAGAGUAUAUCUUUUUUGUAACUCUACUUAGCAUCCAAGAAUCAAGCUUCUCUGUAGCAUUUAAAAUGUUUGACAAGGAUAAUGACGGAGAGAUAGACAAGGAAGAAUUCAAGAACGUGAUGCAAUCAAUGCAAUCUCAUACUAGACAAGGUCGUCACCACGGGGAUGGAGGACGUACUGACCUUGUAGAGAAUGGAGGGCUGGUGGAAUACUUAUUUGGUAAAGAUGGAAAGGGACGCCUAAAGCAUGAUAAAUUUGUUCAGUUUAUCAGAGACUUGCAUGAUGAAAUUGUGAGGCUGGAGUUUGCUCAUUAUGAUUACAAAUCUCGAAAAACUAUAUCGGCCAAGGACUUUGCACACUCCAUUGUUGCUUCUGCUGACUUGAGUCAUCUAGGCAGGUUGCUUGGACUGGUUGAUGAAUUAACCAAUGAUCCACGGUUUAAGGAUGUACGCAUAACAUUUGAAGAGUUCAAAAACUUCGCAGAGCUGCGGAAAAAGUUAUUACCAUUUUCGUUGGCCCUUUUCAGUUUUGCAGAAGUACAAGGCCUGUUAACAAGAGAUGAUUUUCAGCGAGCUGCAUCACAUGUUUGUGAUUUAUCUCUCUCGGAUAAUAUGGUUGAGAUUGUUUUCCAUUUGUUUGACGCGAAUGGGGAUGGAAGCCUGAGUACAGACGAGUUUGUUAGAGUGCUACAAAAUCGAGAAAGAGACAUUUCUCAAACUGUGGAGACAGGAAUCGUGGGUUUCUUGUCGUGCUGCAGGAAAUGUACGAACACCUCUCCAUCUUCACGGCUGUUUUCCUGA